CACCGUGAGGAGGUGCUGGCGGCCUGGCCAGCAGUAGAAGGGCCUGGUCCUGGGAUGUCACCCCGGGUAUGGGCGACGCUGGCCUGAGGGUUGCGCUCUGGAGAGAGUGAAGGGAAGAAGAAAAGGGCAAGGUUUGAGAGGAAAUGGCGGGGUGAGGUAAAGACAGAAAUACAGAGAUGGAGAGAGUCAGAAAUCCUGAAAGAGACAGAGAAAGGUAGAAAGAUGCGGCCGAAGGACAGGCACAGAGCACAAGAAAGAGAAAGGAGAUAAAAAGACGAUACCGAAAAGAGAGACAGCAAGGGAGAAAGGGAGAAAGACAGCGAAAGUCAGAGCGAAGAGGCCGAGAGUGGGAGACGCUGGUUGGUAGGAGGUGUCAGGAACGAGGGAGGUGGCGAAGGCUCAAGGCAUCCACCGGAGUCCCCCCUCCACCCCACUCCUCCUCUCACUUGCCCAGCCCUCGGCGAGGAGUCGAACGCGCAAGGUCGCCCAGUCCUCUCAGCUGUCGCGCGCUGAAUGGCUGGCGGUCCGCAGCGCCCCCGCAUCGCGCCCCGCAGCCACAGGUCGGUGGCGCCCCGCGUCGGCGCCCGAGGCGGGCUGGGGGGCCCUGCACCCGCCUGCUCCCGUUCCUGCCCUACGCACCGCCCCACCACGCUCCCGGUUACUCCUCUGGCUGUCGCAGUUCUCCUCACGCCCCCCGGGGACUGGGCGCUGGGGCCACCAGAGACACCGUAGGAGCCACUUCUCCCUGCGAGUCCGGCCCUCCGAGAGCCUGGGAGCGGGAUCUAUUUACUCGGGGUAUUAAUUAGUCUCUGAGGAAUCGUUGACCCACUCGCCAAUGUAAUUGCCAGUGUCGGGAAGGUAGGCGCCGCGAGCUGCGGACCUACGGAGAAAGAACGGCUUCGUCGGCGCCCCGAACCCCAGCGCGCUCCAGAGCGUCCCCCAGUGGCCGGGCAGGACCGUGCACGGGGCCUGCGACUCGGCUCUGGAGUGGUUCCUUGGCUUCCCAGUGUCGUGGUAGACGUGCAGCUACUCGUGCGCCGGGAGCCUUCAGGUCUUGCCACCUCACCCCUCCCUCAGAAACUCGGACCGUUUGCGCCCGCCGUGUGGCUUUUUUCUUCCGAAAGGCCAGUGUUCCUCUCUCGAGUUCAAGUCCAGUCUCCUCCCCUUAAGUCAUUGCCACCAUCCUUCGGCAGCUUGGGAAGGCAAGGAGCCCCGGGCUGCGUGUCCCAGAGCCUGCGCUGGCAGUCCCAGUCUGUCCGGCACAUUCGCUUCUCCCUCCCUCUCUCACUCCCUCCCUUUCUCUCUUCCUCUCUUUUCUCCUCUGCUUCCCCCUCCCUCUCUUGCCUCUUAAGUUUCCUGCACCGUGAAUCAAACUGUGCCGAGCCUAGGCUCCCACGGAACCAAGCCUGAGCGCCACCCGGGCACUGAGACGCGGACUCCGCCGAGGCUGAACGAGGCAGCGGGACCGGUCCGCGCCUGAGCAUGGAGAUGAAGCGCCAGGGAGGGCAUGUCCGGGGCGCCGGAGACGCCAGGCCCGAGUAGCUCCUCCAUGGAGCCUGCCCAGAGCGGUCCCUGCUCGCCGAAUUCGCCCCCAGUCCUGUGCGGCUGCUGAGAGCGCUCCUUGCUCUGUAAAGUGGAUGUCAGGUGGAUCUAUGUUUUUGAAGGAACAAAGACUCAGCGAAAGCACCGCCGAGGAAGUUUGAGACGCGGGAGGAUGCAGGCUGCGUGCUGGUACGUGCUUCUCCUCCUGCAGCCCACCGUCUACUUGGUCACAUGUGCCAAUUUAACAAAUGGUGGGAAGUCAGAACUUCUAAAAUCAGGAAGCAGCAAAUCCACACUAAAGCACAUAUGGACAGAAAGCAGCAAAGACUUGUCUAUCAGCCGACUCCUGUCACAGACUUUUCGUGGCAAAGAAAAUGAUACAGAUGUAGACCUGCGAUAUGACACCCCAGAACCUUAUUCUGAGCAAGACCUUUGGGACUGGCUGAGGAACUCCACAGACCAACAAGAGCCUCGGCCCAGGGCCAAGCGAAGGCCCAUUGUUAAGACGGGCAAGUUUAAGAAAAUGUUUGGAUGGGGUGAUUUUCAUUCCAACAUCAAAACAGUGAAGCUAAAUCUGUUGAUAACUGGGAAAAUUGUAGAUCACGGCAAUGGGACAUUUAGUGUUUAUUUCAGGCAUAACUCCACUGGUCAAGGGAAUGUAUCUGUCAGCUUGGUGCCCCCUACAAAAAUAGUGGAAUUCGACUUGGCACAACAAACCGUGAUUGAUGCCAAAGAUUCCAAGUCCUUUAACUGUCGCAUUGAAUAUGAGAAGGUUGACAAGGCUACCAAGAACACACUCUGCAACUAUGAUCCUUCAAAAACCUGUUACCAGGAGCAGACCCAAAGUCAUGUAUCCUGGCUCUGCUCCAAGCCCUUCAAGGUGAUCUGUAUUUACAUUUCCUUUUAUAGUACAGAUUAUAAACUAGUACAGAAAGUGUGCCCCGACUACAACUACCACAGUGACACACCUUACUUCCCCUCCGGAUGAGGAUGGACAUGGGUGAGACUGAAGCCUGAGGAAUUAAAGGUCAUAUGACAGGGCUGUUACCUCAAAGAGGAAGGUCACAUCUGUUGCCUGGAAUGUGUCUACACUGCUGCUCUCGUCAACUGGCUGCAAAGACGCUAGUGGAAAACAAUCCGAUGUAAUUUCUGCCCAGUCAGCUUCAUCUCUCAGCAUAGUUGUAAAUCACUACAGGUUUUAAAGGCACACUUGAAGACAUACUCUCACACAUAGAUAUACACAAACACACAUUCAUAUACAUUUCAGCUUGCAUCUGUCAUGAUUGCUGUCAAGAGGGCUUUCGUUAUUUGACUCAUAAUGGUUCAGGAUAAACUAUCAUCAAGCAAAAGGAUUAACUAGACAGUGAAUGGUUUCUAACACUUGCUGUUAUGGAAAUCUCUUUUAAAGUCUUGAGUACAUGCUAAUCAAUAAUCCCCACUCAUGCAUUCCUACUGCUUGGAGUAGCUGUACUGGUAAAUACUACUGUAGGAGUAUAUGCUUGUUCAAAUGGAAAAAAAAAAUGUGUCUUUAGAGCUCAGUAUUCUUUAUUUUAUGAACACAACAAAGUGUAGUAACUUUUUUCCAGCAUACAGUAGGCACAUUCAAGGUAAUAUAAGAUGGCUCUUUUUUUUCUUUUUCUAUGGAGGGAGCCUGUUUUCAGUAAAGAUGAGCAAACAUUUGAAAUUUACAUGUGGGCAGACAUUGGAUUACAGCUUUCAUCACCAGUCUUUGGACUUUCGCAAAGUUGAGACCAACUAAGGCUGCUUAAAACAAGUUCUGAUCAUUAUAUAAGAAGGGAAAUGCCUGACAGACACCAUGUAAGUUAUAAGUGUCUGUCUUAUCUUUACUACACAUAUUGUAACAAAUUCAAUAUCCUAGUCUUCAUUUGUAUGAAUGGUUUGUAUUGUACAUAGUUUAACCAAGUGUUAUUUGAGCUGCUUAUUAAUAUUAACUUGUACUUGUCUCUCUGCUUGUUAUUGGUUAAAAAAGAAAAAAAAACAGGAUAUGAGGAAUCCAUUUUAUCAAUGUAGCUGUGACCUCCAUUAAAAAGACAAACUUAAUGUACAAAGCAUUUAUUCAGCUCAAGUAUUGUUGAAAGCUAUACAUAUACAACAUUACAGUCUGUCUGUAUUUAGAUAUUUUAUUUCUGGACAAAAUGAAAUGUACAUAAAAAUAAAAUGCUUAAAGUUGAGUUUCAA